AUGGCCUCAGAAUCAAAUCCAGCUUCGAAUCAAGAAACUAGCACUUCAGAUCCUACUUCUGCAUCAGAUACGAUCUCAUUGAAUAUCAAAGCGCCUGGUGAUUCCAAAUUAUCAUUAUCGAUUAGUACUUCAAAAACGGUCUUAGAUCUAAAGAAAUUGAUAUCAGAAAUCACUGAUCCUAAAGUUUUACCUGAAAGUCAGAGAUUGAUCUAUUCGGGUCGUGUAUUAAAAGAUGAAUCAAUCUUAUCUGAAUAUAAAAUUCAAUCAGGUCAUUCGAUUCAUAUGGUUAAAGGAUCUCCUAAACCUCAAACUUCAAGUUCAAGUACUCAACAAAUCCCUACUAAUUUGAAUGCCGGUCAACAAAUCUCGGGUAAUCCUUUAGCACCACUUUUAAAUGCUACCAAUCAAAUUCCUGCUUUUAAUCCAUUUGCGGAUAUGGGCAUCAAUCAUAAUGAUCCUAAUAUGGCAAUGAACAUGAUGGAUAAUCCUCAAGUGAUACAAAGUAUAACGAGGAUGUUAGAAGAUCCAGCGGUAGUUGAUCAAAUGAUUGCUAGCGAUCCUCGAUUACGAUCAAUGGGACCACAAGUUCGAGAAAUGAUGCGAUCUCCAUUUUUUCGACAACUGAUUACCAAUCCUGAUAUGAUGAGAGAAAUGCAAGGUAUGGUGGGUAAUUCAGGUGGAAUGGGAAACAUGAUGGGUUUUCCAGGAAUGCCAGGGAUGGGAGCCCCAGCUGGUGGGGCAGGAACAACACCAGGCGUUAAUCCGAUAGCUGCUGCACUCGGAGCUCAAGCAGGUGCAGGUGCUCAAACUGGUACUACCCCUGGUGCUACUACUACGCCGGGGUCAAACAAUGAUACAGCCGCUGCAGGAUUAGGCGGAAUGGACCCGUUUGCAUUUAUGAACACACCGCUUGGUCAAAUGGCUAUGCAGCAGAUGGCUGCUGGUGGUGGUGGUGGUGGAAUGCCCGGAAUGACGGGGAUGCCGGGGAUGUUUGGUGGAUUAGGUCUUCCUCCUAGUCAACCUGCAGAUUCGAGACCACCGGAAGAACGAUUCGAAGUUCAACUCACUCAAUUACAAGGCAUGGGUUUCUCAGACGCGCGUCAAAACAUCAGAGCUUUACAAGCUAGUGGUGGAAAUGUUGAAGCUGCUAUUGAAUAUAUAUUGGGUGGCAAUUAA